UUAAGGUCGUGGCACGUGGUGGCCAGCGACGGAAGGAUCGCGUGGGUCAUCCACGAGGCGAUGGACGGCCGCCGCAGGAUGAAGCUCAGGAAGCUUUUCCGUAGUCGAAUGUCACGGGCCACUGUUUUCGCCACGAAGCUCAAACAAUGCGUCAGGAAGCAGCCGACGAGAGUCCGGAAAUGCAUGUGCUUGCCAUCCAAUUAUGCCCUCGUUGAAUUCCCCGUGGUCUGGUCCGAACUCAGAGCAAACCAACAAUUGUGCGACGGUGCAGUGAGAUGCGCCAGGAACCAAGUAUUCCCAGUGCACCGUGCCAUUUUGUCAGCCGUCAGUCCAUAUUUCAAGGCCCUUUUUACCAACAGCCUGAAAGGUGGCAAGACAGAGACCACGGAGGUCGCUAUAGACUCAGUUCCCGGUGAAAUUUUCAGUUUGAUCCUCGAUUACGCUUAUACUGGAACGUGUAACGUGAAUGCCGACAACGUCGAACAACUUUUACCGUUGGCCGAUCAAUUUGAGGUCCUCGGUGUCGUUCAGCUUUGCUGUCAGUUUCUGUUGCAGGAACUUCGACCGGAAAAUUGCUUAGGAAUUUUUAAAUUCGCGCGUCACUAUUUCUGCCGCGACCUAGAAAAGAAAGGCCGGAAAUACAUUCGCCAUCACUUUAAGCGGAUACUGCAAGAGAGCCCGGAAUUCAAAGAGCUGACGAGCAAAGAGCUCGAAGCGAUCCUACGUGACGACGAGCUGAACGUUAAAAACGAGGAAAUAGUUUUCGACGCCGUUAAAACCUGGAUAGAGUGUAACGUGGAGGAGAGAAAGACCUAUUUACCGAGGCUCUUGAAAUGUGUACGCUACGGUUUGAUGAGCUACAAUUUCUUCACGAACAAUGUUCUCGCGUGGAAGAUCAUCGAGGAGGAUGAAUUAUGUCAGCAGGUGCUCAUGUCAGCUAGUGCAUACCUAAGCGAACAGGAGGCAAAACAUGGGGGUGGAGAGAUCGACCCGAAGAAUCCUCUAACUAAACCACGGAUUCCGUAUGAGAUCUUGUUCGCGAUCGGUGGCUGGAGCGCUGGGUCCCCAACGAAUUUCGUGGAAACCUAUGACACUAGAGCUGACAGAUGGUUUCUAUCAGUGAACACGGAUGCCACACCGAGGGCUUACCACGGCUUAUGUGCUUUGAACAAUCUCAUCUACAUGAUUGGUGGCUUCGACGGUAACCAACAUUUCAACACGGUCAGAUGCUACGAUCCACUGACGAAAGAGUGGCGAGAGAGAGCUUGCAUGUAUCACGCGAGAUGUUAUGUCAGCGUUUGCACUCAUGGUGGGAAGAUUUACGCUCUUGGUGGCUACAAUGGCCGCACAAGAAUGAGCUCCGGCGAAAGAUACGAACCGCAAAGGAAUCAAUGGGAAAUGAUACCACCGAUGCAUCGACAAAGAUCAGAUGCCAGCGCAGCUGCUUUGCAGGACAAGAUUUAUAUCGUUGGAGGUUUCAAUGGGCGAGAAGUGUUAAACACAGCCGAGGUAUUCGAUGUUGAAACGAACCAGUGGAGUUACAUUCAGCCGAUGCUCAAUCCACGUUCCGGUGUCUCUUUGGUCGCCUUUCGAGACAGUCUCUAUGCUCUUGGUGGCUUUGAUGGUUUCAGCAGACUUAGUUCUGGGGAACGUUACAAUCCGAAUCAUUCGGAGGAUUGGCACGCGGUUCCGGAGAUGUUCAGCCCUCGCAGCAAUUUCGCCACGGUCAUUCUGGACGACAUGAUUUUCGUCGUUGGUGGCUUCAAUGGAUCCACAACGAUCGCGUACGCCGAAUGUUACGAUCCAGAUACCAACGAAUGGUACGACGCGUCGCCAAUGAAUUUGAACAGAAGUGCUUUGAGUGCAUGCGUGAUCGCCGGUCUUGCAAAUGCGAGUGAAUAUUCUUAUCAGAGUAAAGCUCGAGACCUAGGUCAAGGUCAAGCAUCGUCCGAGAAUCAAGAUAAAACUAACCAAGGGGGUGAAGGGGCUGUUGAGACGAAUGCUACCAUUUCCGUGGAAGAGGGUGAAUCCGUGAACUUCGACGAACUCGUUCAGGAAGAAAUCUAGAUGAGAUGGGGAACAAUGUCAGCAAUUUUCUAGAAUAGACAAGGAAAUAUUCAGCGUGCGGAACAUGUUACCGAAAUACCAAAAAAAAGGCUAACAUCGAAUACCCGAGAUCUGUGUACCAUCAAAAAUAUCUAAAUCUAAUGUGAUCUUAAAUUAUUCUGUCAUUAAGGGACCAAAAAAUUCAAAUCCUAAAAUAAUUUAAUUGAUCGUCACAAAAAAUGACGAAGUAAAAAAUGAUGGUACGAGAUAUCGAAGUAUUCGUAAAGAUAAAAAGUGCAAAGUAACAAGGCAAAAAGAAAAGGAAUUAAAAAUAGACCAAGCGUCUAGGAUAAAAAAAGAGAACGAAAAUAUGGUAGGUAUGAAUUUUUCAAAUUGAUGUUUUACUUUUAUAGCGUCUUUUAUGAAUCGAUAAAUUAUCGCGUGAGUUACGCGGGUUUUAACUGUGAUUAAAUUAUUCCCUUUUUUUUUUCACUCUUUUUUAAUCGAAAAUUGCAUCGUAAUUUUGUAGGGGAUAUUUAUUUUCUUGUUACUAGAACUAUUUUUAUUUCCAGCCUCUUUUUUUUAUACGGCACAAUUCGCGAAAUCUACGUGCGACGGAAAACGCAGCGCGAAACGUUUUCCAAUUUUAUCGAUUCGCGUAUUAGCUAAUUUUUGAACUUAAACGAAUAUUUUAUGCGUCUUAGAAUAAUUUUUCCCGUUGUUCGGAGAACUUUUUUCUGAAAAAAUCGGCACGGAGAUACACCUGCACGGUUGUUACGCAAGGUGCACGAGAAUUUUUCAGUUUCCUUUUUUUUUUUUAAAUUAGACAAUUCGAAAUCGUAUUCGCUUUUUAUGACGUUCGUCCCUGCAUGUGUAUCUCGACAGCGUACUUUUUGUGAUCGAGAUCCUGACGUGCCUUGGUCUGUUAUUUUAAUCGAAUAAAAAUAUACGAACUGUUUAUCUGGUGUUUUAAUAUAUUUUUGAAAUUGCAGCUAA